AUGGAAGUUACUAGUACUCCAACAUUUACGGUAAAUGGUGUACAUAGUAAACAACAACAUCUUUGCCGUGUCUUAUGGUUCAUAAAUGUUGAAAUUAUCGGUUCAGAAAAAGAAAAAUCGCCGUAUACUAAUUCAUCAUUUGCAUUGAUUGCAUGUCAGGUAGUUCUUAUUGAAGUAUCUGCUCCUGUUGGUAUCGUCGAUUAG